AUGGCCUUGUUAACCUUCCCUGCCCUCCUGGCUGUUGCCGCCUUAUUGUGCGUAGUUGCCCUCGCGAGGAAGUUUUACUCUCCUCUUGCCAGAAUCCCGGGUUCCAAGUUAUCUUUGUUCAGCUCUGUCCAAUUGCGAUACCAUGAACUGCAUGGAAGACGGACUGCGUUCGUUCAUAGCAUGCAUCGGCGCUAUGGGACAGCCGUCCGGUUGGGCCCCAAUGAGGUCUCCUUCGCUUCUGCGUCAGCAAUGAAAGACAUAUACAUGUCGAAAGGAAGCGGUUUCGACAAGACUGAAUUCUAUGAUCUGUUCCGGCAAUUUGGUCUCAGUACGAUGUUCUCCGAUAAGAAAAAGGAACCGCAUAGCAGGAGAAGACGAAUUCUAGCAGAUCGCUAUGCAAACUCCAACAUCAUGCGUGAAGACUCGCUGCACGGAAUCCAGCAACGAUCCCAGAACUUUGUUACUAGGAUUAAAGAGAGUCCACAGCAGGAUUUGGACAUCUAUCUUCAUCUUCAUAAUUACGCAUUCGAUUGUGUCACACACCACCUGUUCCACCCCCAUGGAAGUAAUUCACUGUUAGACAAAGUUGAUGAAGAGAUAAUGUGCGAAGUAUCGUUUGACAAUAGUCUUGUUCGUCGGCUAAUGAUAUUUUAUAACCCAACAUUCGGCCAUUUUCUCGGAAAGAUGGGCUUAUUUGGUGCACAGCGUGCCAUCCCUCGUGCCCAAGCCUUGGUAAAGAACGCGGUCAAACAAGAGAAUUCUGCUAGCUUUACCCUCGUUGGUGCUCUCCAAAACGGAAAGGGAAGCCUGGAUUCCACUCAAAUUGCCUCUGAGUGUAUGGAUCACAUGGUCGCGGGAAUUGAGACGACUGGCGAUGCACUCUGUUUUCUCAUGUGGCAACUGUCCCAGCCUGCAUAUGUUGGUCUCCAAGAUCGACUUCGCACUGAGCUGACAGAAAAUGCACACAUGUCUAUCCAUGAAUUGCCGUUUCUGGACGCGAUCGUCAAAGAAGGGCUCCGAGUCUAUCCCUCUAUUCCUAUGAGUCUACCUCGAUGCGUACCUGCAGGCGGCGCAACAGUUGAUGGGUACAGGCUACCUGAGGGCACAACUGUCAGCUGCCAGCCGUUUUCGAUGCACAGAAUGGACGAGAAUGUGUUCCCAGCCCCAGAUAGCUUCAAUCCAGACAGGUGGCUAGAAGAGAAGGGAAACGCAGACCGCAACCGGUUAUUUUUUAGCUUUUCUGCUGGAGGAAGAGCCUGUAUUGGUCGACAUCUCGCAACGGCUGAGAUGAAAACGCUUCUGCGUGAUAUCUACGGCCAAUUCAGAAGCACACCAGCUGAUGAAAUGACGGCGGACAUGACAAUGGAUGAUCAAAUUUUCACCACGAGGCCAAAGGGGCAGAAGUGUUUACUUAAAUUCACAAUUGUAGAGUAG